CGGGCCUCCGACGCCGCUGCCGCCACUGCCGUCGGGGAAGGUCCCAGCGCUGACAUGACCUCGCGCGGCGCUCGCCCGGGCCCAAGCUCCCGGCGUCCCGCGCAGUAGCCCCGCGAAGAGGCGGACUCGACGGUGCCGACCGCGCAGAAAAUCAGGCGGGCGGCAUGGAGGCGGCGCACCUGCUCCCGGCCGCCGACGUGCUGAACCGCUUCUCGGUGAGGGUCGAGAGCGGCCUGAGGCCGGAGCAGGUGUCUGGCGCGCGGGAGCGCUACGGCCCCAACGAGCUCCCGACUGAGGAAGGGAAGUCCCUGUGGGAGCUGGUGCUGGAGCAGUUUGAGGACCUCCUGGUGCGCAUCCUGCUGUUGGCUGCCCUGGUCUCCUUCGUCCUGGCCUGCUUUGAGGAGGGUGAAGAGACAGCAACAGCCUUCGUGGAGCCCCUGGUCAUCAUGCUGAUCCUCGUGGCCAAUGCUAUCGUGGGCGUAUGGCAGGAACGCAAUGCUGAGAGCGCCAUUGAGGCCUUGAAGGAGUACGAGCCUGAGAUGGGCAAGGUGAUCCGCUCAGACCGCAAAGGUGUGCAGAGGGUCCGUGCCCGGGACAUCGUCCCUGGAGACAUUGUGGAGGUGGCAGUGGGGGACAAAGUACCCGCUGACCUCCGCCUCAUCGAGAUCAAGUCCACCACACUGAGAGUGGACCAGUCCAUCCUGACAGGUGAAUCUGUGUCUGUGACCAAGCACACAGAUGCCAUCCUGGAUCCCAGAGCUGUGAACCAGGACAAGAAGAACAUGCUCUUCUCUGGCACCAAUAUCGCAUCGGGCAAGGCCCUGGGUGUGGCGGUGGCCACAGGCCUGCGCACGGAGCUGGGCAAGAUCCGGAGCCAGAUGGCUGCGGUGGAGCCGGAGCGGACGCCGCUGCAGCGCAAGCUGGAUGAGUUCGGGCGGCAGCUGUCCCGAGCCAUCUCUGUGAUCUGUGUGGCCGUGUGGGUCAUCAACAUCAGCCACUUUGCUGACCCGGCCCAUGGCGGCUCCUGGCUCCAUGGCGCUGUCUACUACUUCAAGAUUGCCGUGGCCCUGGCUGUGGCUGCCAUCCCUGAGGGCCUCCCGGCCGUUAUCACUACCUGCCUGGCUCUGGGCACACGGCGCAUGGCACGCAAGAAUGCUAUUGUGCGGAGCCUGCCCUCCGUGGAGACCCUGGGCUGCACCUCAGUCAUCUGCUCCGACAAGACCGGCACACUCACCACCAACCAGAUGUCCGUCUGCCGGAUGUUCGUGGUAGCCGAGGCCGAAGCAGGCUCCUGCCGUCUGCACGAGUUCACCGUCUCAGGCACCACUUAUGCCCCGGAGGGCGAAGUGAGGCGGGCGGAGCAGCCUGUGCGCUGUGGGCAGUUCGAUGGGUUGGUGGAGCUGGCGACGAUCUGUGCCCUCUGCAACGACUCGGCGCUGGACUACAACGAGGCUAAGGGCGUGUAUGAGAAGGUAGGAGAGGCCACGGAGACGGCUCUGACUUGCUUGGUGGAGAAAAUGAAUGUGUUUGACACCAACGUGCAGGCCCUAUCCCGGGUGGAGCGAGCCAGUGCCUGCAAUGCGGUCAUCAAGCAGCUGAUGCGCAAGGAGUUUACUCUGGAGUUCUCCCGAGACCGGAAGUCCAUGUCAGUGUACUGCACGCCCACUGGCCCUGGCCUGGCAGCGCAGGGCAGCAAGAUGUUCGUGAAGGGGGCUCCUGAGAGUGUGAUCGAGCGCUGCAGCUCAGUCCGAGUGGGGGGCCACACAGUACCCCUGACUGCCACCUGCAGGGAGCAGAUCCUGGCCAAGAUUCGGGAUUGGGGCUCAGGCUCAGACAUGUUGCGCUGCCUGGCACUGGCCACUCGGGAUGCACCCCCCAGGAAGGAGGACAUGCAGCUGGACGACUGCAGCAAGUUUGUGCAGUACGAGGCGGACCUGACUUUUGUGGGCUGCGUGGGCAUGCUGGACCCUCCAAGGCCUGAGGUGGCUGCUUGCAUCGCACGCUGCCACCAGGCCGGCAUCCGUGUGGUCAUGAUCACAGGGGACAACAAAGGCACAGCUGUGGCCAUCUGCCGCCGGCUUGGCAUCUUCAGGGACACAGAGGACGUGGUGGGGAAGGCCUACACAGGCCGCGAGUUCGAUGACCUCAGCCCCGAGGAGCAGCGCCACGCCUGCCGCACGGCUUGCUGUUUUGCCCGUGUGGAACCUGCGCACAAGUCCCGAAUCGUAGAGAACCUACAGUCCUUUAAUGAGAUCACCGCCAUGACCGGAGACGGGGUGAAUGAUGCCCCGGCUCUGAAGAAAGCAGAGAUUGGCAUUGCCAUGGGCUCUGGCACAGCUGUGGCCAAGUCAGCAGCCGAGAUGGUGCUGUCAGAUGACAACUUUGCCUCGAUCGUGGCCGCGGUGGAGGAGGGACGUGCCAUCUACAACAACAUGAAGCAGUUCAUUCGCUACCUCAUCUCCUCCAACGUGGGCGAGGUGGUCUGCAUCUUCCUCACGGCAAUUCUGGGCCUCCCGGAAGCCCUGAUCCCUGUGCAGCUGCUCUGGGUGAACCUGGUGACAGAUGGGCUACCUGCCACAGCCCUGGGCUUUAACCCACCAGACCUGGACAUCAUGGAGAAGCUGCCGAGGAACCCUCAUGAGGCCCUCAUCAGCGGCUGGCUCUUUUUUCGAUAUCUGGCUAUUGGAGUGUACGUGGGCCUGGCCACGGUGGCUGCUGCCACUUGGUGGUUCCUUUAUGAUCCCGAGGGACCUCACGUCACCUUCUACCAACUGAGGAACUUCCUGAAGUGCUCCAAGGACAACCCACUCUUUGCUGACAUUGACUGCGAGGUCUUCGAGUCACGCUUUCCCACAACCAUGGCCUUGUCUGUGCUGGUGACCAUUGAAAUGUGCAAUGCCCUCAACAGCGUGUCGGAGAACCAGUCGCUGCUGCGGAUGCCGCCCUGGCUGAACCCUUGGCUGCUGGCCGCUGUGGCCAUGUCCAUGGCGCUGCACUUCCUCAUCCUAUUGGUACCACCCCUGCCCCUUAUUUUCCAGGUGACCCCACUGAGCGGGCGCCAGUGGGUGGUGGUGCUCCAGAUAUCUCUGCCUGUCAUCCUGCUUGAUGAAGCCCUCAAGUACCUGUCCCGGAACCACAUGGAUGCCUGUCUUUAUGCAGGCGUGCGCAGGACAGUUUCCCGGGCGUGGAGUGGGCAGCUACUGACCACCUCCGGGACCCUAGACCACACUGGAAGAGAAGGACCAGAAGUGAACGCCGGGAACAGGGUGGAGUCUCCAGUGUGUACCUCAGACUGAUGAUGCCCAGGCCUUCACCCCGACUCUCCACACCGCCAUCACACUCAUCGCUUGGUCACUGGGCCCUGCCAAGAGUCUCUGUCCCUGCUUCUGUACACAUGAGGGCUCUCUAAUUCAUGUCUCGGGGACUCUCCUGGGAAGUUCAGCUAUGAAGCUCUACCCCAGGAGCUGCAGCUUGGGAGGGAUCUGCCCAGAAGCCAGGGAGCUGGCAGCACAUCCAGACAUGCAGAGCCCUCUACCCCCCAAAUCCAUGAGCACAUUCUGGAGCAGGCACCCCCCUUGCUUGGAGGCUGGGCAUUUACUUGGUGACUGGUGCCUCUACAUUCAUGGAGGAACUCUUGCUUAGUGACUGGUCUGGGGCCUGGUCAGACAGGGGGUGAAGUGGGGGAAACAUCUGGGCCCAGCUGUGCACAGCAAGGGCAGGUAACCCCCUCCACUUUGUUUCCAUAAAACAGAGGAAUCAUGAGGGCUUGAGCCUCUUACUGUUUGUAGGUACAGGGGGUUGAAGGGUCAGAGAGAGGGACAUGGUAGUAGGGGAAGGGGGCUGGGCAAGGAUCCCCUUCCCAGGAGACAGCUGGCUUGCCUGCCUUGCUCUGGGUGCCCCCAGAUUCAGAUUUCCCUGUCCUAAGCAAAUGAGACAUGCCAAGUCUCUCUCGGUGCUGCCCAGUCUGCCAAGCUCAGGCCGGAUUUGCCCUUCAUGUCCCUGGGGCCUAAGACCCCAGACAUCCGUGUGUACCCGAUCACUGUGCCCUUUCAGCCCAACCCUGUGUGCACCAUCCCACAGUCUGUGCAGCUGGGUGAUUCUGAGUCCCCUAGACUCUUGGCCUCACUCUUUGCCCCCAACCCCACAUACCCAUGAGCCGAAAGGAUGUCAAUAAGAAUGGCUAGUUACCCAAGGGCACUUCCUCUCCCUCCCUCCUUGCUGGAGGAAUGUGUGUUGGAUCAUGUCGGAUGAUGGGAAAGGAGUAUUUGAUGGACAUAAAUGUUCUUUUAACUCCGCUUUUGCCCCUUUGGCAAAAAUUAGGGCUCCAGGUACUGUGGCCUCUUACCCAAGCAGAGUUGGGCAGGGCUCCCCUGGGCACCAGCCCACAGAGAUUCUCCGCUUCUUUCCUGCCGGUGGAUUGGCAGACCUGGAGGUGGGGGAGGGUGGCAGGGCGCUAUACCCAUCUGUUGACAUGCAGUUGGUAGAGAAAUAAAGGUUGAGUGCCUGGGGCAAAAGAGGACGGUCUGUCUGAUUUCCUAGAGAGCGGUUCCACCAUCUGCCCAUGUGGUGUCCACCUGGGCUCCCACCACCCACACCCACUCACGUCAGGAACCUUGAGCCAAGGUCUGCGGUUCCCGCAGGGGUUGCUGUCUUCCUCUGAGACAGGACCCAGGAGAGACACUGAUUUCCUGACCCUCUCCCAAAUGGCAAAUGCAUGACUCUGCUCACAGGGACCGCACUUGAUAGUUUGUGUACGUGUUCAAAGCCCUUUGCACAUGUUAAGAUUCCAAUGUCAUCACUGAGGAAACAGGCUGGCAGGGGUUCAUGACUUGGCCUGAGGCAGGGCUAGGCCUGGAGCCUGAAUACCAUGGGCCUCCAGCCCUGACUAUUCCAUGGGUCCUGCAUCUCUCCCUGAGGUUUCUCGCUCUUUCCUUCCCCUCCUUGAACCCCAGGAUGCCAUCGACUUCUUGCCCUCCUAAGCCCAGCUCCAGGGCUCCUCCCCAAGGCUUCUCUCAGCUCACGUUGUCCAGGGACCUUUGAGAGGCUGCUUGAUACUAACUUCUGACUCACCCAGGUGGCUCUGCUCUCUGGGAGCAGGGGCUCUGUGGAGGGAAUAGCUGUGUGUCCCCAUCUCCCUCAUUUUCUUCCUCUGGAGAGAAGAUUCACUCAAGAAGUUUCUGUCUCUAAUCCUCUGCCCAGCUGCCCUGGGAAGGGAAAUCAGGCCCUGCCCACAGGGCCAGGGACAGGACUGACUAUGUAAUUUGUGGGGCUCAGUACAAAAUGAAAAUGUGGAGCCCUUGUUUAAGAAUUAGGAGUUUCUGGGGCGCCUGGGUGGCUCAGUUGGUUAAGCGACUGCCUUUGGCUCAGGUCGUGAUCCUGGAGUCCCGGGAUCGAGUCCCGCAUCAGGCUCCCUGCUCAGCGGGGAGUCUGCUUCUCCCUCUGACUCUCCCCCCUCUCAUGCUCUCUCUAUCU